GCUGGUGCAUCAGGAAAAACAUUCCGUGUCCAUGUGUCAAAAUUAGUUCACUCAAACUCUAUUUCACGCGCAGGAGCCUUUUCGAAAUUCGCAUUUCAUAAAGCUAACAGUAACUGAGAUGGAUACCGAAGCGGAUCUCUUCUAUCGUCAGCUGCCCAAAGUGGAGUUACACGCACAUCUCAAUGGUUCCGUCAGUUUUGAAACGAUGGAGACGCUUAUAAAGCGCAAGCCGCAUCUAAACAUCGAGCACAGCAUGACGGCCAUCCGCCGCGGACAGCGCCGAUCACUGGACGAGUGUUUUCAAGUGUUUAAAGUGAUUCAUCAGCUGGUUGAUUCAGAAGAGGACAUUCUAAUGGUUGCCAAAGCAGUCAUUCGAGAGUUCGCGGCAGACGGUGUAAAAUAUUUGGAGUUGCGUAGCACGCCACGGGAAGUGACUGAAACAGGUCUCACUAAAAAAAGAUACAUUGAAACUGUGCUGGAAGCCAUCCGGCAGUGUAAACAAGAGGAAGUUGACAUCGAUGUCAGGUUUCUCGUGGCCGUGGACCGCAGACAUGGGCCUGUGGUUGCCAUGGAGACAGUGAAGCUAGCCGAGGACUUCCUGCUUUCCAGCGAUGGAGUAGUAGUUGGACUUGACCUCAGCGGAGACCCAACAGUCGGUCAUGGAAAAGAUUUGCUCUCUGCUCUUGAAAAAGCCAAGAACUGCGGUCUGAAGCUGGCACUACACCUCUCAGAGGUUCCUUCUCAGAGAGAAGAGUCUGAGCUGCUGUUGAACUUACCUCCUGAUAGAAUCGGCCACGGAACCUUCCUGCAUCCUGAGGUCGGCGGGUCUGACAGUCUUGUGGAUAAAGUCUGCAAACAAAAUAUUCCUAUUGAGAUCUGUCUGACCUCUAAUGUGAAAGGUCAAACAGUGCCUUCAUAUGACAAGCAUCACUUCCACUACUGGUAUAAGAGAGGACAUCCUUGUGUUCUUUGUACGGAUGAUAAGGGUGUAUUCUGCACGGAUCUGUCUCAGGAGUACCAGCUGGCGGCCUCCACCUUCGGUUUGACUCUGGAGGCUGUGUGGAUGCUCUCCCAGCAGGCCAUUGGAUACACCUUUGCCCCCGAGCCAAUCAAACAGAGGCUGGAGAAGAAGUGGGCGGAGCUCAAACAGCAGAUCCUCCAGUGAGGAACGACAGCUGUAAAACUUCACCAACAGUCCUACCUCAGAGUUUGCCAAACGGUGGUUUGUCAAACGCGAAAGCACACAGUUGCAGCUAAUACAGUUUCCUCCAUUUCAAAGCACUGCAUUAAUAUCUGAUCUAAUACAUACAUGUUGUAUGAAACACCAUGGACUGUUUAAAUUAAAUUGAUUUUAAUAUUUAUAAUAGAUUAUUGAGGAUUUCUUGAAUAUUGGUAUUGUUUAUUAACACAACAGUAUUAAAUAUAAGUAUUAAUUAUACAAGUAGUGUGAAAGUGAUUUAUUUUGUAUUACAUUUUCAGCUUAAACGGUUGCACUCAUUAAUAAAUACUUAUGAUUGAAAUGUAAAAUUAUUAAUCAAACCCUGAAACUAAAAACAAUAAGUUCAUGUCUACUGCGUAAAAGGCACAUUUUUUGUGCAUUUUAAAUUUCCUCUAUUUCAAAACAAUGAUUAUUGAAGGUCCUCCAAUAUUAAUUUAGUUAUUAAUU